AUGGGAGAUACACUGCGCUUAGCAGUAGGAGUCAUGGGCAAUGCAGCUUCUCUGUUGCUUUUUUCAUCACCUAUAUUAACUUUCUACCAGGUCAUAAGGAAGAAAAGCACUGAAGAGUUCUCAUGCGUUCCUUACACCAUUGCACUGCUAAACUGUCUCCUCUACACUUGGUAUGGGUUGCCAAUCGUGAGCUACAGAUGGGAAAACUUCCCUGUGGUCACCAUCAAUGGUUUAGGGAUUCUUUUCGAGUUUUCCUUCAUUCUCAUAUACUUUUGGUUCACUUCAGCCAACGGAAAGAUGAAGGUUGCUAUCACAGUCAUACCUGUUAUCCUAGUGUUCUGCAUCACGACAGCUAUCUCAGCUUUUGCUUUCCACGAUCACCGCCAUCGCAAGAUAUUUGUUGGGAGUGUUGCUCUUGUGGCCUCUGCGGCAAUGUAUGGUUCUCCGCUAGUGGUUGUGAAACAAGUGAUAAAGACAAAGAGCGUAGAAUACAUGCCAUUCUACCUAUCGUUUUUCUCAUUCCUUGCAAGUUCUCUUUGGAUGGCCUAUGGACUAUUGAGCCAUGAUCUCUUUCUUGCGUGCCCAAAUCUUGUUGGUAGCCCCUUAGGAAUCCUUCAACUAGUGCUGUACUGCAAGUACAGAAAAAGAGGAAUCAUGGAAGAACCAGACAAAUGGGAUCUAGAAAACAAUGAAGAGAAAUCCAAACAGUUGCAGCUAAUGGUCAAUGACGUUACAAAUGACAAGAGUCAAAACUACGUAAAAGAAUGA